AUGCGGCGGGCGGCAAACGGCCUUGCGACUCGUUCGCAGCCGUCAGUAUGCCUCCUCUGUCGUAUUUCCCAACCUACACGCCGGCACUUCUCCAGCACUCCCAGCCGUCUACGUGUAGCCACCAAGGGCAGUGGCAAAGGCCCACCCAUAAAAUACCGUCAUUCAGACAAUGAUUCAGGCGUCGGCCCACUCCCUUACUUCCUCAAACCGAAUUCUUGGCGUCCGACAGCUCGUCCUGUGGAGGAAGAACGACCGUGGUCCAUUGGUCUUCUGAAAGAACGAUUGGGCAUAGUCUUCAAACGGAAUCCUGAAGACCCAAACGUGCGAAUAACAUGGGGUGAAGAAGCAACAGAGAUGCGGAAGGCGGACCCAGAAAAAUUCAAAACUCUAUUCCGGGAAUACGUAGAGAGUAUUCGUCUAGCUGUCGGCUUAGCCAGUCCUCCUCCACACGGUACCCCUGCAAAGGUUCUCCAAGCUGUUAAGGAUGUGGAGGAAUUCAAGAAGAUGUAUUCUCAGGGUGGUAUUUCGGCAUUGGAUGUUGCACUGAUGGAUACAUUCAUCAUGCAGAAAUAUGAUACUAGCAACUGUGUCUCUGCCCAAAGAAAUCUGGCAAACUUUUCGCAUCCAGCAGAAUGGUAUCCUAAAACCAGGACGAUGAAACGGACAUGGCAUUUACAUGUUGGACCAACGAACAGCGGGAAGACUUAUAACGCGCUUAAAAAACUAGAGGAAGCGAAGAAAGGGAUAUAUUGUGGGCCAUUACGACUGCUGGCUCAUGAAGUUUAUUCACGACUGAACGCCAAAGGGAUUAAAUGCAAUUUGAGGACGGGAGAAGAAAAGAGAGCUACAGAAGAUGUAACACUUUGGGCGGCGACGGUUGAGAUGGCACAACUAGAGACGCAACUUGACGUAGCAGUUAUCGACGAAAUACAGAUGUUGUCGGAUCCAGAGCGUGGGUGGGCUUGGACACAAGCUGUAUUGGGUCUUAUGGCCAAGGAGCUGCACUUAUGCGGUGAGGAGCGAGCAGUCGGUAUUGUCGAGAAGCUUGCAAGAUUGUGCGGUGAUGAUUUAGUUAUCCAUCGGUACCAACGCCUAGGGAAACUGCAGGUCAUGAACGAGAGCUUGAACGGGGAUUUCUCAAAGAUUGAGAAAGGAGACUGUAUCGUCGGAUUUUCUAGAAAAGACAUACAUACCCUUAAAAGAUUCGUCGAACAGGUCACGGGGUUGAAGUGUGCGAUAGUUUAUGGCGCCCUACCGGCAGAGACAAGAGCAACGCAAGCGAAAUACUUCAAUGACCCGAAAAAUAACUAUGAUGUCCUCGUGGCCUCAGACGCUAUAGGGCUAGGGCUGAAUUUGAGUAUCAAACGGGUUAUAUUCAGCACUAUGUUCAAAUUCAAUGGCCAAGAAAAUGUCGAGAUUUCGAUCCCAUUAACACGACAGAUCGCAGGCCGCGCAGGCCGUUACCGAUCAGCUGCGGAUGAUGCAAAGAAGAACCCAGAUCGAGCCCCCGCACCUGCGGCAAAAGUAGAAAAUAAAGAGUCUUGGGAUCCAACUAUCGAUGUUGGGGUAGCACCGCCAACACCGGCUACAUCGGAAUCAAAGGGGCCUCCUUUAGAUUCUAAGAUCGGUUAUGCGACCACGUUUGUGAAAAGGGACUUGGAUAUAUUACGAAAUAACAUGGAAACCGAACCACCAGAGAUUGAGCAAGCCAUUGUCCUCCCUAGCAACACUGUUUUUGAAAACUACUGUGCAUUAUUCAAGGCCGGGACGCCAUUCCACGAAAUGCUCUCGAAGAUCGCAUCGCAGGCGUCUGUGGACAGUCUGUUCAAGUUCACCAAUAUUAAACCGAUGAUUGAGGUUGCAAGGCUCUUAGAACCCACUGAAUCAGAGAAAAGUGAGGGAGAGGUGGCCUUAUCGAAACUUUCUGAUAUGGAGAAAAUCGUUUUAUCGUCGGCACCGGUCAAGACAAACGUCGAAAGUUGUAUCAAAGCAUUCAGAGAGUUUGCAAAACUAAUAGCACAGGGGAAAAGGAGCACAUUGUUAACUAUUUCAAGGGAUGUGGUGGACAUUGAGGCUCUGGAUAUUGAGGCGCAAGAUCCAGCCAUGAUGAUCAAGAGACUUGAGGAGCUGCAUACUGUUAUCAUGUUAUACUCUUGGUGCUCACAACGUUUCCAUCACGUCUUAACUGGCCAUAUGAUUGUUUCAGAGCUAAAACACGCAACCGAGAAAAAGAUUGACGAAGCUAUGAAAAGAUUGGAUACGAUUAAGAACGUCGUUUUGAGGAAGCCGUUCAGGGAAGACGCGAGAAGAGGCAAGUCUAUGGAUCUGGCUACGGUCCACAGAGGAAGCAACGUUCAGAUGCAUCAUAGGAUUACGGCGGCGCCGAGGAUAAGGGAUAACGAGAAGGUCAAGAGACAAUUCAAAGGAUCCCAAUUACUAAAACCUGCCAAUGCUACUACUUCGUAA